UAAUACAGACUCGCGCAUCAAAACCAGUUUAAACCAGUAUGAAACCUGAAAUUAUGCAUCUCAUUAUCCAGAUUCUUGGAUAACGGCACUACAAAAGAAAUACACGAUUUCUGCAGAGUCUCCUUUCCUUCUCUCGCCCGUAUAGGAGUUAAAAGGAGACUCUGCUCGCAGGGUAUCUUCUGUGAAGAGAAGUAAUAGUAAAUGUCCUUGAUUUUCUGCUUUCUUGCUUCUCUUCAAGAGUACGCGUUGUUGAGGAAAAGUGACGACAUCUGACUGGUUAGCUGUUGGUAAACUCCCAGUUUCUCGGACCAAGGAUGUUUUAUCUAGUAUUGGUUGUCCUUUGUAGUUUGUUUAGCAUUCCUUUCUUGAUUCGUCGUCGAUUUCGCCGGUUUUUCACGGCAAUACUGUGUACGGGACUGAUGAUGACCCUAACUGGACUUUUCUUUCAACACAAAGAAAAAGCGCCAUCAAAAGACUUUGGAGCCAAUUUUCUCUUAGAUUAUCAUCUCGUACGAGGUGAAAAAAUACAAGCUUACCUACAGCAAUUGUCGGCCAAGAAGCAUUCAGUAAACGAACCCAUUUGCAAGUUACCAGUCCUUGACCCAUUCCACAAAAGCGUCAAAAGUCUAAUAGUUCCUUCACCUCCUCUUGACUGUGGUAAACUACAUUCUUCUUUCGAGAAUAACACUCUUCGAGUUAAAGCAGACCGUGUAGUUGCUGUAGCUUACAGAAUUAUCAGCCGCCCGAAAGGCGAUGACUUCAGUUCAAUCGUUUCGGAACCACUCGUCGUUAUGAACUCAAAACAAGACGCAAGAAAGAACGUUUAUGAAGUUGAACCAGGUAUUGGUGGAUGCAUAAUGCACAAGAGCAGCGAGAAAUGUCUUCAUCCUUUUGGAGGCCAAGCAAAUCCAAAUGAUGGUGAAAAAGUAGUUUUCCACUCCGACUGCUGCCUCGGUCGAGUACAGUUCACUAUGACUCCGGACAAGGCCAUAAAAUACAACUCUAAUGGUCUUUGUUUGCACGUUAACCAUGAAACCAACCACCUUUCCCUGCAGCAAAACUGCUCAACAAAGUUCAACGUCUUGGACGGCACACUGCAAGUUGAAAACAGCCAACUCUGCCUACAGUCAAAAAGUCACCCCGAUAUUCCUCAAAACGAUGGUCUCCUUGAAGUUGGGAAAAACUGCACAGAGAAAUACGCAUUUCGUUCAUUGAAAGAAGGAUCCUUUGAAGGAAAUGCAACUGUGAAUGCAGAUUUUGUUCGUGUUGAUAUCACAAGACCCGAAGGCAAAGAUUCGAUAACAGAAGUCCAUAUGCAAACUGCACCAAAACAAGAGGUUCUACAACGAAAAGUCCAACCUGCAGGGAUCCCAGUAAAUGUUGCUAUGAUAAUGUUUGACUCGACGUCAGCAGCGAAUUUCGUCAGACAAAUGCCCAUCACGAGAAGUUACUUGAAGACAAGGCCAACCGUCUUCCUGGAAGGAGAGACCAUCGUUGGUGAUGGAACAACUGCCCAGUUAUGUGCAAUGCUCACUGGAAUCCCCGAGGAAGAACAGCCCGAGGCACGCCGCUCGAAGCCAAACGCAAAGGUCGUGGAUGACUGGCGAUGGGUCUUUAGAGAUUAUAAAAAACGUGGGUAUGUUACAAUGUACUCGGAAGACUCACCGGGUCUGGGAACAUUUAAUCUUCGAUUGAAGGGUUUUMMAAAUCCACCGACUGAUCACUAUGGAAGGCCUUUCUGGYUKGARGCYGRUAARCAUGCCMGYAAGGAUUACUGCUCYACCAACCAGCCCCUCCAUAAAGUAACAAUGAAGUAUUUUUUGAGCCUGUUCCGCAGUUAUCCUAACAACCCUAAAUUUGCCUUUCUGCUGUUUUCUGACCUGAGCCAUGGAAACAUGAAUGCUUUGAAAUACGCAGAUCAAGAUCUUACUGAUCUGCUGAAAACGAUGGAUAAAGAAUCAUAUUUAGAUGAAAGUAUUGUUUUUAUAUUUGGAGAUCAUGGUGUUCGUUAUGGAAGCAUGAGAAAAACUCUUCAAGGAAAACUAGAGGAACGACUGCCAYACAUGUCAAUCACUUUUCCCACGUGGUUUCCUAAAAAGUAUCCACAACUGUACAAGAACGUGCAGCGAAAUGCCAAGCUAUUGACCACACCCUUUGACAUAUAUGCCAGCCUUCAGCAUAUUUUAUCCUAUCCUAAACUACCAAAAGAAAUGAAAUUUGGAAAAAGCCUUUUUAUUCCAAUUGACCCACACAAUCGUACAUGCGCUAGUGCUGGAGUUGAAGAGCACUGGUGCCCGUGUAUGAACCUAGAAAGAGUCCCUGUGGAUAGCUCAAUAGUAAAACAAGUUGUGAACUAUGUAGUGAAUUUUAUAAACAACUUAAUAGAACGAGAAGAGAAAUCAAAGACACUUUGCAAGAAACUUUCUUUAAAGGAAAUCAAAACUGCCUUUUUGGAAUUGCCCAAUGAAAAAGUACAAUCAUUUCAACAGUCGAGCCAAGACCACAGAUGCGAUUCAUGUGGAGUAGUUCUUGGUCAAAAGGAUGAAAACAACUUAAUCAAAGAUACUCUUUAUCAAAUUCAAUUCCUCACAUCACCGAAUGAUGGCUUUUAUGAGGCAAGUGUUCAACUUAAAGGUGGAGUCCCCAGCAUCAAAGGAGCAAUAAGUCGUGUAGAUACGUAUGGAGAUCAACCAUGGUGUAUUCAAGACACUCAUGUACAUCUUAUGAAAUUUUGCUAUUGUAAAUAACCGUAAUAAUUAAUUAAUGAGCAUGCGCAGUAAGAAUGACAGGACACUGGGUCGAAAGUGCGCGCGUACUGACUAAGAAUCAGACCACGGGCAGCACRAGCUAUCCGUUAAAACUCCAAUAAAGAAUUCUAACUUUCGGCUGGUUUGAGAAUUAAGAUCUUUUUGAAAUAAUAGAGGUUUUACACCAUCACCAUCACAUUGAAAGGUAGUCGUGCCUUUGCAUCGAAGCGAGACGAACGGUGAGCUUGCAGUGAUAGAGACCUGUGAAUACUUGUCCAAGGUGUUGUAUGAAAUUAGUUGCUAACGUAGAGAACAUAUACUCAUUUAUAGUUUCAGUAGAGUUUCUGACAAUCAACUUAUUUUCCUUCGAUUAAACUGAUUUGAAUCGAUUAAUUCGAA